CAUGUGACCCGCGGUAGUUCCCCGCGCGCGGCGUGGGUCGCGGCCGAAGCCGCCAUUGUUCCACUGAGGGACGGCAGCGGGGCCUGGCACUGGCGCCGAGACGCCGCUUAGCGGCCGCCGCAGGGGACGCUCCCUCCCGUCGUCCCCCCCUCCCGGCGGUGGCGGAGUAAGGCUGACUAGGGGGAGCUGGGAGCCCCCUCUCCUCCUGGUGGCGGCAGCUGCCGAUCCCCGGCUCUGGCGCGAGAGGCGGCUGCGAUGCGCUCGGCCUGAGGCGGACCGGACCGGCCCUUCCGUGCUUCCCUCGACUAUUCCUCGGCGUCUGUGCGCCUCAGCGUCCUGCGAGUCUAUCUGACGGGAAGGAAGAUGGCUGCACGGAGCUGGCAGGACGAGCUGGCCCAGCAGGCCGAGGAGAGCUCGGCCCGGCUUCGGGAAAUGCUCUCAGUCGGCCUCGGUUUUCUGCGCACCGAGCUGGGCCUCGACUUGGGGCUGGAGCCGAGGCGGUACCCGGGCUGGGUGAUCCUGGUGGGCACGGGCGCGCUCGGGCUGCUGCUGCUCUUCCUGCUCGGCUACGGCUGGGCCGCGGCUUGCGCCGGCGCCCGCAAGAAACGGCGGAGCCCGCCGCGCAAGCGGGAGGAGGCGGCGGCUGCGCCGGCCCCGGCCUCCGACGACCUAGUCCUGUUGAAGAACCUCAGGAGCGAGGACCAGAAGAAGAAGAACCGGAAGAAAUUGCCGGAGAAGCCCAGACCAAACGGGCGGACUGUUGAAGUGGCUGAGGAAGAAGUCCGAAAUUCUCGAAGUGUAACAAUAAAGCAGCCAUUAGAGACAGACAAGAAAAAUGAAAAGUCAAAGAAAAAUAAGAAGAAAUCAAAGUCAGAUGCUAAAGCAGUGCAAAACAAUUCACGCCAUGACGGAAAGGAAGUUGAUGAAGGAGCCUGGGAAACUAAAAUUAGUCACAGAGAGAAACGACAGCAGCGUAAACGUGAUAAGGUGCAGACUGAUUCUGGUUCAUUGGAUUCAACUAUCCCUGGGAUAGAAAAUGCCAUCACAGUUACCACCGAGCAACUUACAACUGCAUCAUUUCCUGUUGGUUCCAAGAAGAAUAAAGGUGAUUCUCAUCUAAAUGUUCAAGUUAGCAACUUUAAGUCUGGAAAAGGAGAUUCUACACUUCAGGUUUCUUCAGGAUUGAAUGAAAACCUUACUGUAAAUGGAGGAGGCUGGAAUGAAAAGUCUAUAAAACUCUCCUCACAGAUAAGUGCAGGUGAAGAGAAGUGGAACUCUGUUUCACCUACUUCUGCAGGCAAGAGGAAAACUGAGCCAUCUGCUUGGGGUCAAGACACUGGAGAUGCUAAUGCAAAUGGGAAAGACUGGGGAAGGAGUUGGAAUGACCGUUCAAUAUUUUCUGGCAUUGCUGCUUGGUCUAGUGUGGAUAGGGGAAUGAAUACCUCUGAACAGAAUUCUGCUUCUUUUGCAUCUCUCACACUUAACUCUGCUGUUCCUGGGUCUACUGCUGAGCCAGUUUCUCAUUCUACCACUUCUGAUUAUCAGUGGGAUGUUAGCCGUAAUCAACCCUAUAUCGAUGAUGAAUGGUCUGGGUUAAAUGGUUUGUCUUCUGCUGAUCCCAGCUCUGAUUGGAAUGCACCAGCAGAAGAGUGGGGGAAUUGGGUAGAUGAAGAAAGAGCUUCACUUCUAAAGUCCCAGGAACCAAUAUCUGACGAUCAAAAAGUUUCAGAUGAUGACAAAGAAAAGGGAGAAGGAGCUCUUCCAACAGGAAAAUCUAAAAAGAAAAAAAAGAAAAAGAAGAAGCAAGGUGAAGAUAACUCUCCUGCUCAGGACACAGAAGAAUUAGAAAAAGAAAUUAGAGAAGAGCUUCCAGUGAAUACAUCCAAAGUCCGUCCAAAACAGGAAAAAACUUUUUCUUCAAAGACCAUAAGCACUAGUGAUCCACCUGAAGCACUCGUCAAAAAUAGCCAGCCUAUCAAGACUCUUCCACCUGCUGUUUCUACCGAGCCAUCUGUUAUUUUAUCAAGAAAUGAUUCUGAAAAGAGCUCUUCCCAAGUGCCACCGAAGCUACAAGAGAUAGAUAAACCCAAGUCGAAUACUAAACAAAAUAGUGUGCCUCCUUCACAGACCAAGUCUGAAACUAGCUGGGAGUCUCCCAAACAAAUAAAAAAGAAGAAAAAAGCUAGACGGGAAACGUGAAUAUUUUUUUUCCUGAAUUGGACAUGUGUUUGCAAGCACUGUCUUGAAGAUUAUGCUGUUUAUGCAAUAAUUUGUGACAUAUACAGAGUUUUAUAUAAAUUUAAACCAAUUUUUAAAACAAAACUGUGAACACAACCACCAUAAAAAUGGAAUCAAAGGAAAGUUAAUUUAUGAAAUUAAGAGGUCAACAGAAUAUACUACAGUGCUGGAAGACACUUGGGGAAAGUCUUUUUCAAUUUAACGAGAAUGAUCUUAAUUUAAGAAUAUUAUCCUGAUUUUACAACAGUGCCCUGUUUACAACAGAUUGUGCCCUAUCUCAUCUGCAGCUAAGGAAUAAAGGAUUCUAAUUAGAAAGAAGGUUGCUUACAAGUUAGUAGGCAGCUUCUUGGAUCUUAUGCAUGGAACUUAAACUAUUUGAACCUGUUUUAUGCUUAAAGUGCUUUGAUCAAAUGCAUAAUCUGCCAUAUCUUUACACAUAUGUUGGUAGCCGUUUGUAUUAAAGGAAUUAAAGGAAUCACAAGUGCAAAUAAAAGUCAUUUAUCAUUUGCUUAACUAAACUGUCAUGGUUUAGUUUACAAUUUUUAAAAAGUUCUUAAUUAAAAUGGGAAAUACAGUUGACGCUUCUAUGGCUUAUGAAAUUAUUUUUGAUAGCCUUAUAUUACUUGAAUUGUUCAAAGUACAGUAUAUUUUAAAUUAAGAAAGGUAAACUAUAUGUAUUUGUUUUAUACUUUUAAGAUUCAGACUCACAUAAUGCUCGUUUGUGAUUUGAAAACUUUCAGGCAAAAUGCAACUUACAUUUUUCCUUUCCCUAGCAAUUACUUUUCCAGCGUCAGCUCUUCAUUACUAAUAUUUUUUUGACUUAAAAAAUGAAAUAGUUCACAAACUAGUUAUACAGACAGAACUGAGUAUAUGAUGGAGAAUGAAAAACUAGAGUCAGACAGCUUUAAUUGACAUUGUCAAGACCUCCAGUUUAUCAGGAAUACAUUUUUUUACUGCCUUAACCUGUAGUGUGUAGAAUAUGCAUCAAUUUCUUGAGGGGAUUCGUGUUUUUAUAAGAAUUUUCAUGUAAUUAUUGCAAUUUUGGUCAAAUAAGGAAUGUUUCCUGCUUGAAACUAUUGAUUUAAAUGAUGUGUGAGAAGUUUCACCAUUUCAGGCACUGUGUAAUUCUAUUGUAAUAAACUGGCAGGUAUCUUUGUAACUAUAAAUAGUGCAUGCUCAGCCAUGUACACUGUAAAUAGUCUUUACCAAACGUAUUUGACAAGGACCAUAAUUAACAUCACUUAGUGAAUUGUGAUAAAGAAAAAAAGCCAUGAUUUAUUUGAUGUGAUUGGCUUGUUUUAUGUGGUGCCAAGAAUGAAACUGUUUAACAGCUGUAACCAAUGGUACUGAUCUAUCCAUCCAAUCUUGUCUUUACUAUAUUUGAUUGUGGUUUGAUAGUAUUGGAUUGUCACAGUAGGAAAGCUAAAGAAACAAAAUGGUUUUAGUUUUGCUGAAGACUGGCCUUAUUAAUGGACAGCUUUCCUAACAAGCUAUUAUUAACUUUUAUCAGGUGUUAACAUCUGUUUCAGGAACAUGGCAGGAUGUUUACAUGUCAGAAGUUUUGUUUAAUUCUAUGAUAUUUCUAAGUUGAUUUGUUUAAAUAAAUUCAGCAAAUGGAUAGCAUUGUUUUUAUUUACUUCAAUAUUGGGAUAAAUAAGCUAAAGUGCCAGGAGUGGAUUUUUUUUCAAAUGACUUUAUUCUGUUAGCUUUACAUAGAUGUUUCCUAAAUAGAUCCAAGGAUUCCUAAGUUGCCAGCACUUUGUAAAAGUACCACAAAGGAAAAUUUGAUAGGGAGUCUGUGUAAUUUUAGAAUGUGCCAAAAGAUCUGUACUCAAAAAUUUAAUUGAACUCUCUCAACUCUACCUCACCAUUUCUUUAUCUUAGAAUCUUGUUGGCUAUGUCAGUGUUGGACUUUAUUUUUCCAGUUUAGUGUUUUCCGUACAAACACCUAUGCCAGGUGGUAGAGAUACCAUCUUUUGAAGAAAGAUGCAGUGUGGAGAUAGAGAAAUAUAUUGCUAAAUUAGGUGGAUCCAAUAUGGAGAUACCUUUGUCCCUUCUCUCUAGCUCAAGUUCUAGGAUGUGGAUUUUAUGUUUAAUUAAGUGAUGGAAGCUAUGAGUGAUAAAAUAGUAAAUUCAUUCCCUAAAGCAAGCAUGAGGUGCAAACUCUUGCACAAUUCAAGUGUCAUUGUUCAUUGCUCUUGUUACAGAAGAUCUUUAUAUGUAACAUUAAAGCAGUUUCUGGAAUCUGAACUGUUAUCAUCAACUCAGCACUAAAAUCAAGGCAGUGAUUCAGGGAGGAAGGGAGAGAGAAGAGCCUGUUGUCCUUUGGAAGUUUGGAUUAGAUGCUCUCCAAACUGUUAGGAGGGAUAAAACUGGUACCUUCAGCCUUCUCAGGCCAGGAUAGGAACCUUUUCCUGAUUCGCAAACAAGGCCUCCUAGAGAAAUUACUUUAAAAUCUCCCUAAUCCUGAACUGUCUCUACAUAAUGAAAAUCCUUCCCUGUUUGGGAGAAAGGAGUAGGGAGUAGGGGUUUAGGUUUUCCACAGACUGGAAUCCUACCUAUCUUUGCCCUGAAUUGAGAAAACAAUAGUUGAGAGAGUCCAAAAAAAAAAUUGUUGAAAUAAAAUGUCAGUGUAAUUUACCAUGUUUACUUUGUGCAUGCAUUUUAUUGGGGGGAGUGAUCAGUGGCAAUAACUCACCCAAAUCUAUGAUAUUAUUUCAUAGACUAAUCUGGUUUGUAUUUGGGUUAAAGAUACUGAAUAUCGAAGGGUGGGCAGUAUUUUAACUACAGAGUUUCAUUUUCCUUAAAAACUGCUCUCUAUUAAUGUGUGAAAUAUCUUUCAAAAUUUAGCAGUUAGGCUUAAGAUAUCUAAUAGAUGUCUUAAGACAUUCCUAUAAACCUGCUGCACAAACUGGAAUUUCCAAAAGACCUAGGGAAUGCAAAUAUGUUAUUUGUAAAAUGCAUUGAGUGUUGUAAAUAAAACCUUUUUUGUUUUGUUUAAAUUGCUCAUUAUAGUUCUCUUAUGAGAAGGCAUUUCUCAGUUAUUUUGCAUCCUAACCUAGUCUAAAAGCAAUUACCUUAUGUUCUUGUUUCUUUCUGAAACCAUUGGUGGACUUGCAGGCUUCACCAGGGGGAGUCAAAUAUUUAGACUUAGAGCGCCUUGGAAAAUAUCCCUGCUUGUGACACACAGUGUUCUCUAUGGGAAACAGCUUCCAUCUCAUUGUUUUAGCAGUAGAUGUAACUUCCACCAGGUAUAGGGUAGCACUUGCAUUAACCUUUAAGUUAAGGAAAUGAGGCUCAAAUUUGGUGUUAUGUAUUAGUUUGGCUGUGUCCCCAAACAGUAGUGACUUAAGCAAGAUAGAAGUUUGUUUCUUUUGCAUGUAAAGGUCUGUGAAGACAUUGCAGAGCUACUGUGGCACUGCAGGGCUAGGAACCCAGGUUCCUACUCAUAUUACUCUUCCUGUCCCCAACAUGUUGCUUUCAUAUUAUGGUUACAGACAGUUGCACCAGCUAGAAACCUGUCCACAUUUCUGCUCUCUUCUUUUAAGAACACUUAGAAGUUUACACACCACUUGAAGUAGGCUUCUCAAUCCAAACUUAAAUCACUUGAUCCUACUGGCUACAAAGGGGGAUGGUAAGUAAUAGUCUUUAUUCUGGCCUGUCAUGGACCAAAUUAACAUUUCAGGAUUAUAACCAAGGACACAGUGGAGAAUUGGGUGUGGGCACAGCUAGCAGUCUGUCACAGGGUUGACAUACAGUGUAUACAACCUGCACACAAACUUCAUUUUUAAGGUCAGGUUUUAGCUUUUCCAACUAAGAAAUUUUUAGAUCUCCUAAAUGCUACUCAGAGAAGCAGCUAAUGAUGUUAAGCUUACAUAUAAUAGAUUUCUGGAAGAAAUUUCUGCCACUCAAUACUUAAAAUUCUGGAGACCGGCUGAAAGAAGCUAGCCUACUAUAACACCUGUGCCACAAAUAUAGGUUAUAACAAGUUUCAGUUGAAAUUUCAAUAAGAGAAUUAUGCUGAUGUAUAAUCUUUAUUCUAAAAAUUAAAAAAAGCAUUACUACUAUUCCUUCUAAAUAACAGGAGAAUGAUUUCUAACCCUAGCAUCAAAAUAGAUACAGGAGGUGCAUUGUACGAUGUUUGCUAACUAGUAAUAUUUACAGUGCUGGGAUUUAUAAGUAAUUUGAAGAAAAAUUUAAGCAGAUUCAAAGUCAUCCCCAUGAUAUUGGCAUUCUUGUUUGUAUAUGUGCUUUCCUUUAUUUAUUGUAUCAAAGCAUAAAAUGGAUAUAUGUAACAUGUACAUAAAUUAUAAAGCAUAAUAAAAUGAACACUCUAAAACCA